UUUUUUAGGAAUUUUUGAAGGAACAAUUUUGUAGUCUUAGUGACCAUAAACUGAAAAUUUUGGCAACAAGACUAAAGAGAGCAGUUGACACAGAAAAACUCUACAAUGCUCUACAUCUAGCAGAGUGGAAUUUUACAAUUGCUAAACAAAAAGUUUCAAAACUCAUCACUGAUCUUCGUACAUUCCACUUGUUCGAAGACACCUUGAAAAAAAUCAGCGAGAUUGCUUCAGCUUUGCCUCAGGAUUCUUGUACCCUGCUUAAUGGAACAGAUGUUUUGAGUAAUGACACAACGGCAGAGAAAUUCUGGGAUGAAACACUUGAAGAUCCUCAAGAGGCUAAAAUUUUAAAACCCAACCCCCAAUAUGGUUUGUUACGAAUCUGGUUAGGCAUGCAGAAGACAAUUUGUGGAGCUGAGAGUAAUCUUCCUCCUACCCUUCCCACAGGUGGAAGUGAUAUCAACCUUGAUGAUCUUGGGCUUUCAAAAUACCAAAAAGAAAAAGUUGAACUUUUAGUUCAUCUCCUGUACAGCAAUCCUAGGGUUCUUUAUGCUCCUAACAAUACAGCUGCUGACCAAAUCAUUAAAAAUGCUAAUGAGACUUUUGAGCUACUUGAUAGUGUCACCCAAUAUGCUCGUAAGAUGCUGAAUGUGUCUGAAGAAAUUAGGGCUUACCUGGCAGAAAAUAGUACAGUGGAAUCAUUAAACGUCUUGAAAGAGAUUCGGCAGAAUUUGAGACACAUUAUUUCUAUCUUGAAUGUGACAAAUCCAGAAGCUUUGGAUUUUGCUAAUGAUUCAAUAGUGUCAGAUAAAAAAGAUCUUCUAGCCCAAUUAGACAUAAUAGACAAUGCUGCCUGCAGUUGGAUUUCUCUGAUGUCUGGCAUCAGUUUGAACAUUUUCAAGGGUUUUAAAGAUGAAGCAGAUUUGUUGUUGUUUCAAAGAAAAGCCUACUUUGACAAUGUCACUGUAUUAGCAAGUGUAAUAUUUCAAAUGAAAAAAGAUGGCUCUCUCCCUAACCACAUGAUCUACAGAAUCAGACAAAAUGCUUCUUUCACUCCAACUACAAAUCUAGUGCGAAACCGGUUCUGGUUUCCUGGGCCAAGGAACUGGGGUUAUGGUUACUACCAAUUUGGGUUUGUGUGGAUACAGGACAUUCUGGAACGUGCCAUGAUAAACUUGUAUGUGGGACGAGAAAUCACAGAACCUGGCAGUUAUAUUCACGAGUUUCCCUAUCCGUGUUUCAUACAAGAUCAAUUUCUCUUCAUGAUUGAACACGUGAUGCCAUUCUGUUUAAUCAUAUCUUGGGUGUAUUCAGUUGCCAUGCUAGUACAAAAUAUUGUCUAUGAGAAGGAAAAGAGACUAAAAGAGGUUAUGAAGACAAUGGGUUUGAACAAUGCAGUCCAUUGGCUGGCCUGGUUUAUAACGAGCUUCUUACAGAUGAGUGUUACAGUCAUAAUUCUCACCAUAAUACUGAAAUGUGGACAUGUUCUAACAUAUUCAAAUCCCUUUCUCAUCUUUCUAACAUUGGAGAUAUUUGUAAUUGCAAACAUUAUGUUUUCGUUUUUUGUCAGUGUGCUGUACUCUAAAGCCAAACUAGCAGCAGCCUGUGCUGGUAUUAUUUAUCUCUUGACGUACGUCCCUUACAUGUACAUAGCAGUUCGGGAAGAAGCAGCUCACGAACACGUUCCAGCAUGGAUUAAGAGUUUGGCAAGCCUCUUAUCAACCACAGCAUUUGGACUAGGGGCCAAGUAUUUUGCUUUCUAUGAAGAAAUUGGUGUUGGUGUGCAGUGGAGUAACAUGGCUGUGUCUCCGAUGGAAGAUGAUGACUUCAGCCUAUGGAAUGUUGUCAUUAUGAUGUUGAUGGAUACAUUUACCUAUGCUGUUCUUGUGUGGUACAUUGAAAAUGUCCAUCCAGGUAAGAAUGGGCUUUAUGGUUUACCAAAACCUUGGUAUUUCCCCUUCACUAAGAGCUACUGGCUGGGUUUUCCAAAACACGAUACUGAGUGCAGUGCAUUAUCAAACUGCUGGAAAACAAUAAAGCAGAGGAACUGUAUGUUGGCAACAGAGGAUCAAGCAUGUGCAAUGGAUACCAGAGUUUGUGAUAACAGAGUGUUUGAGUCUGACCCUAUUCAUCUUCCUCUCGGUGUGUGUAUUGAUAACCUUUUGAAAUGUUUUAAGAGUGGAAACAGGCUGGCUGUUAACAGACUCAGUUUGAAUCUGUAUGAAGGACAAAUAACAGCCUUUCUUGGACAUAAUGGAGCUGGCAAAACAACUACCAUUUCUAUUCUGACUGGUCUGUUUCCACCAACGUCUGGCUAUGCUACUAUAUAUGGACAUGACAUCAGGACAGAGAUGGACUUGAUUAGACAGAGUAUGGGAAUGUGCCCACAACACAAUGUUCUCUUUGAUGAGGUGAUACAUGUUCUUAGUCUACUCUCAAGUGUAAUUAUGAAGUUGAUGAUUGAUGAUUUAAAUCUUCCUCUAAAAAGACAUAGUAAAGUUGAGUAUCUCUCUGGUGGAAUGAAGAGAAAAUUGUCAGUAGCCAUUGCUUUUAUCGGAGGUCCUCGUGUUGUAAUUCUUGAUGAACCUACUGCUGGGGUGGACCCCUACUCCAGGAGAGCAAUCUGGGAUUUUAUCAUCAAGUAUAAGAAAGAACGCACAAUCUUAAUGACAACUCAUCACAUGGAUGAAGCAGACGUGUUGGGAGACCGAAUUGCCAUCAUUACCAAUGGCCAAUUGAGAUGUUGUGGUACAUCGUUAUUUCUUAAAAACAACCUUGGAGAAGGAUACCACCUGUUUCUGGUUAAAAAAGUUUCUAGUGCUGAUGAUGAAUCCCCAGUUUUAAGUAAUUGCUCAGAAUCCAAAGUGACCUCCUUCAUAAAGCGACAGGUUUCUAUGGCCACACUGGUAUCCGAAAGUAAACAUGAAUUGCAUUACGUUCUUCCGACAGAAGAGCUGAGAAAGGGUAGUUUUGAGAAACUUUUCAAAGCUCUGGAGAUUAACUUAAGUGAACUGGGAGUGUCUAGCUAUGGUAUCAAAAACACUACUCUUGAGGAGAUAUUUCUGCAGGUAGCUCAAAGUGGAUUGGUUAGUUCAAGUUCAGGUAGUUACAAAUCCAACAGAAGCAGUCACAAGAGCUCCCCUGUCAAAGAUUUUACUUCUUUAUUUGAAAUGAAAUCAGAUGAUAAACAAACUGAGCCACAUGAGAGUGGAGACACCAUCAACAGUAGUGUUCCUCUAAUAGAAGGUAGCAAGUGUCAUGAAGGGGUUGGAAAGGCAGUUCCUGAAGGUGAAGUUCUGGAUGAUACAUUUGGAAACAACCAAGAUGAAUUUUAUAAUGUAGCAGAGGGUAACCAGGAACAAACAUCAACUGAGACUAUCAGUGUCUGGGAAGGAGCAGGAUCCUAUCAGGUCCAUGGGAAGUUUCUUCUGAUUCAGCAGUUUUUAGCUAUUUUGACAAAACGUUACUACUGCACAAGACGAAAUUGGAAGGGCUUAUUUUCUCAAAUUCUACUGCCGGCCUUCUUUGUGAUUGUUGCUAUGUCUGUUGCCCUCACAGCACCCAAUAUAGAAGACCUACCACCAAUCUUUCUUAGUCCUUCUCAGUACUACAAUUACACCCAACCUGAUGGUAACGUCAUAUCUUAUGCAAAUCAUAAUCAAGAUGAACUAUAUCCAAAGUGGUCUAAAGAUGCUCUUUCUAAUGACUUAGUCAGAACUCUUCAUAUGCCCUCUGGUGUGGGGGCAACUUGUGUGCUCAAGUCACCCUUCAAUAAUAGCUUUGACAGUCAUAAGCUCAAUUUUUCUGUGAGGAACUUUGAAUUGCUUUCUGCCUUUUUUGAGCCCAUGUGUCAAAGUGUUUUUGUGCCAGGCCUCCCUUUAGAAAAUUUUGUUCCACCACUGCCUACCGUCAGCCCUUUUGAAAAAGAUGAUCUUUAUACACACAGUGGAAGAGAAAAUGGAUCCUGGAUCCUGACCACAAUGCCUCCUGGCAGUAAAGACAGGUACUAUCCCUAUUGCCAUUGCUCUAAGGACAAAACAGGAUUUAUAUGUCAAUCUUAUGGGUACAAAGAUCCCCCUUUUUUCAAAGCGGUGACAGGUGAUAUUCUUCUUGACAUCAGUGGACAGAAUGAGCACGAGUAUUAUCUUUAUACAACUGACAUGUUUAGGCUACGAAGAUAUGGAGCUUUUUCAUUUGGCCUAGUUAAAGAUUACGUACCUCCCAAUUUUGGAGAAAAUGCACCUCCACUUUUUAGGAAGAUUGCUGUUCGUAACAUUGCCAAAAUAUGGUACAACAAUAAAGGAUUUCACAGCAUUCCUAUCUAUAUUAACAGCAUGAACAAUGCCAUCCUUCGUGCUAAUCUACCUGAACUGAAAGGAAACCCAUCAGCUUAUGGAAUAACUGUGAUAAACCAUCCAAUGACUGACACCUCCUACAUGCCCUCCAAAGAUCAGAUCCUCCAAGGAACUGAUGUUCUAAUAGCAAUCUUCAUCAUUGUUGCAUUGUCCUUUGUGCCAGCCAGUUUUGUCCUGUUCCUGGUUUAUGAGAGAUACAUCAAAGCCAGACACCUGCAAGCAAUCAGUGGAGUUAAUACAGUCGUCUAUUGGGUGGGCAAUUACUUCUGGGACAUGUGUAACUAUGUAGUUCCCGCUACUUGUUGCAUCCUCAUUCUUCGUGUGUUUGACAUUCCUGCAUACUCUUCGGACAAAAACUUCCCAGCUGUUGUGUCUCUCUUUUUAAUGUAUGGGUGGUCCAUCACUCCAGUGAUGUAUCCUGUUGCCUUCCUGUUUAAGGAACCUAGUACGGCAUACAUCUUCUUAAUUGUAAUUAACCUUUUUGUGGGGAUUACCUGCAUAGUAACCAGUUUUCUUCUAGAAGUUUUCUCUUACAAUGCUUACCUGGGAGAAAUUCAUACAGUAUUGAAGGCAACUUUUCUCUUGUUUCCUAACUACUGUCUUGGCCGUGGACUGAUGGAUAUUGCCUUUAAUGAGUAUCAGAAUUUCUUCUUGUUCAAGACAGGGCAGUACAAUAAAAUGAGAUCACCCUUUGCUUGGGAUUUGGUGACACGAAACUUGAUUGCCAUGGCAAUCUCAGGAUUGAGUUUUUUUCUCUUGACACUGUUAUGCGAUUUCCACUUCUUCUUGAAACCAAAAAAUAUCAAAGUUCCAGAAUAUCCACUUAUAGAAGAUGAUGAAGAUGUAGAUAAAGAGAGGGAGAGGAUUCUGAGAGGUUUAGCCUCAUCUGAUGUUCUUCAGUUAGUUAACAUUACUAAGGUUUAUAAAACCAGAAAACUUGGCAAACACUUAGCUGUAGACAGGCUGUGCUUAGGGGUUCCAGAAGGAGAGUGUUUUGGACUUCUGGGGGUUAAUGGAGCAGGAAAAUCUACAACUUUCAAGAUGUUGACUGGAGACACUUUCAUAACAGCUGGAGAUGCUUAUUUAAAUGGUUACAGUGUUUAUCGGGAACUACAUAAAGUCCAGCAAUACUUAGGCUAUUGUCCCCAGUUCGAUGCCCUUUAUGAUGAACUUACUGCUAGAGACCAUUUGCAACUAUAUGCACGGUUUCGAGGAAUUCCACGCAAAGAGGAGAAAAAGGUAGUGGAGUGGGCUCUAACAAAACUUGACUUGUCUCAAUAUGCCAACAAAACCGUAGGAACUUUUAGUGGCGGCAAUAAAAGAAAGCUUUCCACUGCCAUAGCUUUGCUUGGAGCACCGCCUGUCAUUUUUCUGGAUGAGCCAACAACCGGAAUGGACCCAUUCACGAGGAGAUUUUUAUGGAACCUGAUUAUUGACUUAGUCCGAGGGGGUCGUUGUGUCAUCCUUACCUCUCAUAGUAUGGAAGAAUGUGAAGCUCUCUGUACCAGACUGGCCAUCAUGGUCAAUGGCCACUUUAAGUGCCUAGGGAGUAUUCAACAUCUGAAGAACAGAUUUGGAGAAGGAUAUUACAUUACUAUAAGAACAAAAGAGAAUGAGGUGGACUCUGUGGAGCGAUGGUUCUGUCGCACAUUCCGUGAUGCCAUUCUUAAGGAGAAACACUACAACAUGCUACAGUUCGAGCUGAAAUCUGAAAACAUAUCUCUGGCGUAUGUCUUUUCCAAAAUGGAAGCAGCACUAACAGAUCUGCCCAUUGGAGAGUACUCAGUUUGUCAGAACACUUUGGACAAUGUCUUUAUAAACUUCGUGAAACAACAAAGUGACCGCUCUGUCCUAUCGGCCAGCUCUAGACAACAAACUUGCCAAGACUAGUUGGUUUCCAGUUUUAGCAGUUACGAACUUGUCAGAGUUUUAUACCAACAUAGACUGAUUAACGUCAUGCAGAACAUUUGUCUAACGAAAUGAUGUUUUUCUUGAUGAAAUGAAUAUUUAUGAAGUUGAAAGCAAUCCAAAUACGAUCUUAAAUAUCCAUAAAGUUAAAUCCACUGAUUUUAUUCUUUUUUGUAUGAUCAUAAGAAAAUUCGACUCUUCUCUCUCCAGUUGGUAACCGACACAUAACUAUGUGCUUUUCACCAUGGCAACACAAAUAGUACCAUUUUCUCGUUCCCAUGGUUAAAUGAGUAAGUUUAAGUCGUAUUAUGGCUACUGAAAAAAUAGCCUAGGGAACAUCGUGAGCGGAUCCAGUGAGAGUACUAGUCAUUGAAAAAUGUGAUUAGUUUUAAUUUUCGCUCACCCUAGCGUAAGAAUAUAUGUACUUGUAAUUGUUUUGUAAAAAUCAGUUAAUAAUAUAAUAUUUGUAGCACUAGGUUUGAACUGAAAAAUGAGGAGAAGAAUAUUAUUAUUAUAUUUUUAUCUUUGUAAUCAUUAUUAGAAAGAACAGUUUCUUAAAUUAACUACUGAUUUGAUUUUUAGUUCGGCUCUGAUCAGAAGUUAAUAUUAAUUGUGUACUUGAAAAUGGGAUUUACAAUUUCACGUGAUAGAUAAUUUGGAUGAAACUAAGAAAACUUCUUGAUCUCUCUAGUUAUUCCAGUUUUGUAAAUUUGAUUCUUUUUAUUGUUCUUUCAGAAUAAAGUUUGUUUUUGUUGUAUAAAAUUAUUACCUUUCAACCGUCAAAAAUCCACUGCUGGUUUAUAAUGCUUUAUCUUUCUUCCUGUAGUUAUUUACAGCGUAUUUUACUGAAAUCUUUUUCAUCACGAUUUUCCAUUAAAAGAUGAAUGUACUUUUAAAACAAUUAAUGACUAGGUUUCGUUUACGAUUUUUUUCAUUGGCUUUGUUUUUCACGUGUUUAACAGUGGGCUGAUAAAAUGACGUGUCAUCGAUUUUUGUUUUAUAAUUGUUAAAACAUCUGUUGGGAUAGCUGUUUGUAAUAUUGUUAUCCUCCCCAAGACUGCAUGCUGUUAAAGAAUAUUCUACUCCAUAUACCCCCCCCCCUUCUUUUAACUCAUCGCUCAGCAGACGAAGAAC